CCCGCCUCCGCCCGCGGCCUAGCCGGCGGCCCGAGCCCCGCGAGCUCGGCUCCCUGAAGCGCUCCAUUUUCUGGCUCCGCGGUGCGAGCUUCUCUCCUGUGCCCCGACCCGGAGUCACGCUUAGGUACGUCAGGGGGACAGGUCGUGCAGGGCCUGGGACGGCUGCCACUCUUGCGCGGGGAGGAGGCGUGGGCUGCCCGUGCCUCCGCGCCCGGCACUGCGCGGCUACCGGCGCCGACUCUGGCCACGCACUUCCCGGCUGGUGGGCGACCUCCGGCUGGCGUGGUGCGAGGCCCCAGGGCCGCUAGGCUUUCGCGCCUCUCAGGGCAGAAUGGUGCCCGGGCCCACCUGGGCAACCUGCCCCGCCGCCGCGCGCUACCCGCCGUGCUCCGCCCGGGGAAGAGUGUGUACCCCUAGCGGUGCUGGUCCUUGCUCUGGCGAGGGCAGUCCUUUUCAUCCACAGAAAACCCUUGUGUUGGAAGAAUGAAUCUGACGUUGGCCCUUUCUCACCCAGUAGCGUGUUGUCAGUGAGGAACCCAGGCAGCUGUCACCCCAGGAACGCGCGCAGCCCCUCAGGACUCUGCAUCCCUCUCGCGGGGUGUGAGCACCCUCUGAAGCCCACGCCGGGCUUUGGGGUCAGCAGAGCGAUGGGGGAAGACGUCAGCUAGCAGGAGUUAAAUUAGGAUGCGCAGGUGUGUGGGACCAAGGCAGGCCCCCUGGCGAGAUCCUGGUUCAGGCCGUCGGUGGCGUUCGAUCCGGUUUCUCCUGUGGGGAAUUGCGUGCAGUUUGGACGGCGAAAGGCGGAUUUACGCAAGUUGGCGAGCCAGGGAGAGCUUUCUAAGAUAUCACGAACAGAACCAAAGCUCUGCGCCCUUCUCUGCUAGUGGAACCUCCCCGCGUCUGGGUUCCUUCCUCCCCUACAGCCGCAGAUCCCGCAUAACUGAGAUCCAGGAGCUGCCACAAUGCCACAGCCACACCUUGAAUUCUAAUUCAUUCUCUAGAGGGUCUCCCUGUCUUAUUACUUGGUUUUCUAAUAGUCCAUCAAAGCAGCAUCAGCGACAGUGACCUUAAAACAAUGAAAAUUCUUUUGCUUCUCUGCCACAGCCUCCAGUGGUGCUCCUCAACCCUUCCCUGACCGCCUCGGGCUGCUGCUUUCACUUCACUUUGGCUUUGCUAGUUUUCCUCCUCCUCAUUCACAGCAAAUCACACUCCAGCGCACUUCCUCAACCCUGGCUACUUUAGCUCUACAAACAACUGUGGCCUCUGCCUGGCAUGCACUUCCCCACAUUUUUAUGUGAUCUGACCCCUUGCUUCAAAGGUCUUGCUUGAACAUCCCCUUAUCAAGUUCUUAGGUGAAGCAACCUUCCCCAAGCCACUUCAUUAACUUCUUCUCAGUACAUCUCUUGGUAUGCAUUUUGUGUUGUCUUGAAUUAGCACUAGAAAUGUUAGGGACAAGGAUGAUGUUAAUACAGCUAGACAUACUGAAGGAGAAAGAUUGGGAUGAUGUGGCAAUGAAGAUCAAGGAAAGGGGACUGAGGGUGAAAGGGGAAAAGAGGCAGAGGCAAAUGACAGGAGAAAUUGAAAUUUGGCUUUUCUCAACCUUCUCUUUGACAAACUUCACGACAGAACUCAAAACUCAGUAGUGGUAGGAAGGGGUAGGUGGCAGGGUAGCCUUAGUGCAUAUUCCCUGAUACAGGUUUUCUUCCUGUCAUGCUGUGUGAUUUUUGACUUAAACCUUAUUUCAGCUCAUUCCACCAAGAAAUCCAGAACACUGAGAGAAGAUAGGUGGGGAGUGUUCUCUUGCUACCCUGCUGCAUAGCUUCCAGUCCCUAACCUCAGUACCUGGGGCUCUGUCAUCAGAAACACCCAACAUAGGGCCUGCCAUUUAACUGGUGCAGUGGUUUGGAGAGCUCUGAAUGUCAUCUCUCAUGCUUAGAAUGAAUUUGACGCAAAGCUAAACUAAGUUUGCCCCAUUUCACUGAAACUUUGUCAGGUAGUUUCCUGGAAAGGCUGUGAAUGUUUAUGGUGUCAAUACGAGUGCAAGUCAUUUUGGGAAAACAUUGACCCCAGAGCCCUCCCCUCAGCAGAAAGCAGGCCAAAGCAGGUGUACUUAGUUCAUCCUUGGGGGUGGGAAGAAAAUCAAAGAGCCAAAGGAUAUGUUGAGAAUAAAAGGCAAUCCUGAAUGAAGGCCAGCAAAGACUAGCUGCAGGGUUUCAGGACUCUGCUCAGCUCUCAGGGUCAGGGGUAGAGCACAGGAAUGGCUCAGGCACUCUCUUCCUGCAGGGCCCACCAUGUUGCACAGGCUGGGCUGGCUGCUGUUCUACAGUCUCAUGGUACUGCUGCUCAGCUGUCUGCUCUUUCUGAAGGAGGUCCCCCUGGCAGGGGACCUCAAGACCCACCAAUCCUUCUGGGAACCCUCUGGGGCUCACCACAGCCAGUGCCUACCCAAUCGCACAGUGGCUAACACUUCCCUAUCCCUGCCUGGUCGUCACCGCCUCUUCUUGACUUAUCGCCACUGCCGAAAUUUCUCUAUCCUGCUGGAACCUUCAGGCUGUGCCAAGGACACCUUCCUGCUCUUGGCCAUCAAAUCUCAACCUGGUCACGUGGAGCAACGUGCAGCUAUCCGCAGCACUUGGGGCCGAGCAGGGAGCUGGGUUAGGGACAGGCAGCUGAAGCUGGUGUUCCUACUCGGAGUGGCAGGGCCCACCCCCCCAGCUCAGCUGCUGGCCUAUGAGAGUGGAGAGUUUGAUGAUAUCCUACAGUGGGACUUUGUGGAGGAUUUCUUCAACCUAACCCUUAAGGAGCUGCACUUACAGCGCUGGGUGGCAAGUGCUUGUCCUCAUGCCCACUUCAUGCUUAAGGGAGAUGAUGAUGUCUUUGUCCAUGUCCCCAAUGUGCUAGAGUUCCUGGAUGGCUGGGACCCAGCCCAGGACCUCCUGGUGGGAGAUGUCAUCCACCAGGCCCUGCCCAAUAGGAACACCAGAGUCAAAUACUUCAUCCCACCCUCCAUGUAUAAGGCACGCCACUACCCACCCUAUGCUGGGGGUAGAGGCUAUGUCAUGUCCAGAGCCACAAUAAGGCACCUCCAAGCAGCCAUGGAGGGGACUGAGCUCUUUCCUAUUGAUGUCGUCUUUGUGGGCAUGUGCCUGAAGAAGCUGGGGGUACACCCCACACACCAUGCUGGCUUUAAAACAUUUGGAAUACAGCAACCUCUGGACCCUUGCCUAUAUAGAGGGCUCCUGUUGGUACACCGCCUGAAUCCUCUGGAAAUGUGGACCAUGUGGGCACUAGUGACAGACGAGGGGCUCAAGUGUGCAGCUACCCUCAAGCUUCAGCACUGAGGAGUGAGUGGAGCGACAGCCCUAGAGUUGACUCAGUUGAUUCUCAUGAAGACAAACUGAAAACCUCAAAAAUGGAUCCUUGAGGGUCUAAAAGAAAUGCCGAUUUCAUUUUUGUAAACCAUUCCUAUCUUGUUAGCUCUCAUUAAAAAUGCUAAAAUUGGG